ACCUCCACGAAACCGUCCUCGACACAUUUUUCUUCUUCUUCCACUUCUGACAACUGCAACGCGUGGACAGACAGCCCUUUUUGCCCAGUCUUCGCGUUCCCGCCGCCCCAUUCUCUCUCUAAGACAGAGCAUUUCUUCUCACUCUUCAACCAUUUCUUUAGAAAAAGAGGGCUCUCUGCCUCUCUCGUUAUCAAGAGAAGCAAAAGUUCAGUUAUUCUUUAAUGGCAAAGUCAAAGAAUAAUGCAAAGAAAGUUUCUUACAUUUCAGUUCCAUCACAAAUUAUCAAUUCCUUAUCUUCUUCUUCUUUGCAAUCUCUUCUUCUUUCCCCGAAGAAACCAUCACGAAACAGGUUUUUUGGGUUGAACUUGUAUAGGAGUCCAAGAUUUUGGUUCUUGGCUUUGUUUCUUUUUUGUUUUCUUGGUAUGUUAAAGUUAUCGUACAAUCUUGACCCUUUAGUACCAUUUUCUCCUUACCCUUGUGUGACUAGUCAGCCACAGCUGCAAUACUCUUUCUCUAAGAAGUUAACUACAAGAUCACAACUUGGUUUUGUUUCAAAUGGUGAAAAGAAUGAUAAAAAGGAUCAAGAAGUUGGGUCUGUGGAUGCUCGGGAGCUGAAAUCUGAGGUAGGUUUUGGUUCAAAUGAAGUAACAGAUGAGUCCUUGAAAGGUGUGGUUGAUUUUCAGGGUGGAAAGUCUGAUGUGGUUGAAGAGGAGAGUGAGUUUUGGAAACAACCUGAUGGGUUGGGUUAUAAGCCUUGUUUAAAGUUUAGUAGGGAGUAUAGCAGAUGGAGUGAGCUGAUUGUUAAGAAUAGAAGAAAGUAUCUGCUAGUUGUGGUUUCUGGUGGAAUGAAUCAGCAGAGGAAUCAGAUUGUGGAUGCUGUGGGGGUUGCAAGGAUUCUUGGGGCUGCUUUGGUUGUUCCCAUUUUGCAAGUCAAUGUCAUAUGGGGAGAUGAAAGUGAGUUUUCUGAUAUAUUUGAUUUGGAGCACUUCAAGAGAGUUUUAGCAAAUGAUGUGAGAAUAGUUUCGUCAUUACCAUCAACUCAUAUAACCACAAGGCCAGUGGUUGAGAGCCGAACUCCACUCCAUGUCUCCCCUCAAUGGAUUCGUGCACGUUAUCUUAAAAGGCUUAACAGGGAAGGUGUUUUACUUUUACGUGGUUUGGAUUCAAGACUUUCUAAAGAUCUUCCUUCCGAUCUUCAGAAACUUCGAUGCAAGGUGGCAUUUAAUGCAUUAAGGUUUGCGCCACCAGUUUUGGAGCUUGGUAACAAGCUUGCAGAGAGGAUGCGGAGCAAAGGACCUUAUCUUGCUCUUCAUCUACGGAUGGAGUUGGAUGUGUGGGUGAGGACUGGAUGCCAGCCUGGUUUGAGCCAUGAAUACGAUGAGAUUAUCAACAAUGAGAGGCAACAACGACCUGAACUCCUUACUGCAAGGUCAAACAUGACCUAUCAUGAAAGAAAGCUAGCUGGUCUCUGCCCCUUGAAUGCAAUGGAGGUUGCAAGGCUUCUUAAAGCUCUCGGAGCUCCAAAAGGUACAAGAAUAUAUUGGGCAGGAGGGCAACCACUUGGUGGAAAAGAAGCUUUGCAACCAUUAACCAGAGAAUUUCCUCAUUUCUACAACAAGGAAGAUCUUGCCUUACCUGGUGAACUGAAGCCAUUUGCAAAUAGAGCUUCCUUGAUGGCUGCCAUUGAUUAUAUAGUUUCAGAGAACAGUGAUGUUUUUAUGCCAUCUCAUGGUGGAAACAUGGGUCAUGCAAUCCAGGGACAUAGGGCAUAUGCAGGACACAAGAAGUAUAUAACCCCCAACAAAAGGCACAUGCUCCCUUAUUUCCUAAAUUCCUCUCUCCCUGGAGCUGAGUUCAACAGGAUCAUAAAAGAGUUGCAUCGUGACUCCUUAGGACAACCAGAACUCAGGACUAUCAAAGCUGGAAGAGAUGUUACGAAAUACCCGGUUCCUGAGUGUAUGUGCAGUGAUUCACAUGCUCGCUCCUCUUUGUGAUCGCAUCCAACAGCUGUCAAAAUGGCGCUCUUCGAAUGCAAAGAUUUUUAUGUAUGUGCAGUGGCUUGCAUACUCUUUCAUGAUUAAAUCAGUGCCUACAUGAAGAUAAAAUGCUACAUGUAAAUUUCUUGGGAAAAGUAAAUUGAUUGGCAUGCCCCAACGCUCUCAAGUCCUUUCGAGAGGCAAGUAAAUCACGGUCCAGGCAAUGAUGGCUCUUUGGAGCUCCAUUUUCAAAAGCACAGCUGGAGAAGGCAAGCUUUU